GAACACAAGCGAAUUUUUAUUCAAACGAAUACUCUUCGAACCAAAAAUAUAUUUUUGAUAAAAAAUAUUCGUUUGGUAACGCAUUGAGUGGCGUCGCGAACGACAUUGGACACCGUACAGUGUGGAUGCCACAGCGUUUGCGCCCUCCGGGCGAUCGAGCACAGAGGAGUCGCGCCGCGAGCCCUUCUUCUUCUAUCUUGAACACAUUCACAGAGCUUUACUUCAGUUGCCGUUCCUUUCUUCAGUUGCGCACUUGUUUCUCUUUCUGCUGUGAAAUUUGCAUUCGUUUCCGGGCCCCUUCGGGAAGAAUGCGGCGGAAUUGUCGCAAGUAGGGCGGUUUACUUUUUGCUAGUUGUGCACGCUGGGAAGAUGCGUAGUGCUAUGCGAGCCGGGCGGUCGGUGGCCGGUCGCGAAAAUGUAUUGCGCAUGCAGUAGCGGCCGCUUCGGCUUUUUGCCUUGUUCGGAAGAGCGCGAGCGCCUUUUCGUGUUAUGCCAGCCUUCGCUCGGGGUCGGGGCCAGGAAAAAGCCUUUUGCUUAUUGUGCGCGCCUGUUUCGGCGCCAUCAUUGGUAGUGGUGAUUGUGUGCGCGUCGUGUUUUGUGCUCUGAGGGCGGGGAAAAAAAAUUGGCGCGCUGCGCGCUGCGAGCGCACAGGCGCCGCGGUUUUGGUAGUUGCUUGCGAUGCCCCUGUCACGUUCGGCAAUCAGGGGCCGCGGCCGGCCGAGAAAAAAGAUGCGGCGUGCUGCGCGCGCGCAGAAGCCCUGGCUUGCUUCGGGGAUUGGGGGCUGGUCGAAAAAUUUUCUUCGCGCGCUGCGCGCGCGCAGGCGCUCUGACCUGCUAGGGGCGCGACAAAAAUUCUUUUUUCACGCUCAGCAGCCGGGGUCUGGCCGACGAAAAAGCUUGCGCGCGCUGAGUGUGCGCAGGCGCCUUGGCCUGGGAGCGCCCAAAAUUUUUUGCAGCGCGCCCGGCAAUCGGGGGCUAGCAGGAAAAGCAAUUAUCGCGCGCUGCGUGCGCAGACACCUAAGCACCGCACGCAGACAUCUCCGUAGGCUCUUGCGUUGCCUGGGGGCGUUGACAGCUCUACUCGCGUCCGGUAGCCGGCGGCCUUCCGGGGAGUAAAUGCCGCGUGCGCACAGACGCCUUGGACUGGGGGCACGGAAAGUUUUCGUCGUUUGUGAAAGCAGGGGGGUGCUGGAAAAAAAUUUUUCGCGCGCUGCGCGCGCGCCGGCGCCUUGCCUAGGGGCGUCAAGCUCCCCUCGGGGGCUGGCCGGAUUGAUUGGCCAGCGGGCGCGGUUGCAUGCAAAUUUUUUUCGCGCCCGGAGGUCGCAGCUUUGCCAGAAGACAACUUUGCGCGCGCGCCCCGGCCUGAGAACGCGGGCAGCAAGCUCUGCUCGUGUGCGACAGCCCGUCGGGGGAUGCUCUGAAAAAAAAUUUCGCGCGCUGCGCGCGCGUAGGUGUCGCGGCCACAUAGGGCGGAGUUUUUUUUUGUGACCGGCGCGCGAGGGUCUGGCUGAAAAAAGUGGCCAGCCCGCGCGCCCGUUCGUUGUCGCCUUGGUCUUGGAUCGCGGAAAAUUUUUUCGCGCCCGGCAGUCGAAAGCUGGGGGGAAAAAACUUGCCGCGCGCGCGGGCGCGGGCGCCGUUGCCUGAGAGUGCGGCGAGCACGCAGCUCUAUGCUCAUUCGGCAGCCGGAGCUUGGCCGGAAAAAAAUUUCCAGCGCACGCUGCGAACCCGCGCGCAGGCGCUUCGGUCUGGUAGCACGAAAAAUUUUUUCGCAAUCCACCGGUAAGCGGGGGCUUGUCUGAAAAAAAUUUUCCUGCAUCGCGCGCGCCCGCUGGCGGGCGCCUUGGCAGGAGAGCGCGCCCGCGCGGAAAAUUUUUUCGCGCCCGGCGAUCGGUUACUGGGAGGAGGAAACAUCUUCGCGCGCGAGUCGGUAAUUGGGAGGGGGAAACUUCCUCCCGCGCGAAGCAGGCGCGCGGAGUUGUUAUCUCGCGUUCGGAAAUAGUGGGCUGCCUUGGAAGAAAAUUGCUGCUCGUUGCGCUGCGCGCGCGCAGGCGCCUUAGCCUGCAAGCGCCGCGCGCCUUUUCCUCGUCAGGCAGUUCGUGGGGGCUGGUCGGAUAAGAAAGAUCUUCGCUCGCUAGGCGCGCCCAGGGGCCCUUGCCUGAGAGUGUGCGUGGGGCGAUGACUGAGGGCGCGGAGCGUUUUUCUCGUGUCCCCCGACCGGGUGCCGCCCGGGUUUUUUAUGUUAAUCUCACUGCGCGCACUGUCCGUGCCCAGAGAUUCUCCGGUAAGUGUUGUAAACGAAAUGACCGGGCGCGGGCCGUGCAACUGCAACUCAGCGCAGCUAGGUUUUUUUGCUCCCCGCGCGCGCAGCGUGGCGGGCAUGCCAGUCUAAAGGCCCCACGCAUGCCCGCCCUGUCUCGGUAAAAGUCGCUUCAACAAAUAGCCCGCCAAAAAAGUAGGUCUGUGCCGGCCGUCUUUUUCUGAGAGUGAGAAGAACCGCUGCGCCUGUAGCUCGGUCCUCUCUCUGUUUCGCCCGCGCUUUUGCGCUUCGCGUGUGGGAUCCACCUGGAAACCCGGAGAAGCCAUGGGGAACACAGGGGCGGGAAGGAGAUUAGGGAGCGGCGUAGGUAGCAACGUGAGUGGGGGGAUCGGGAAGCAGAGAGGUUGUGGGGGUGCGCGUGGGUUUCGGGAAUGUGGAGGCACGGACGCCCGCGGCUGUGGGUGCAGUGGUGCAGGCCGUCGCGGUCUGGCAAUCGCUCGGGUCGCGCCUGGAAACACCGAGCUGCAGGUCAGAGUCAUUGCUUCGCUCUUCUUGAAGAAGCAGCCUUCCAGGCCUCGUCUCGCCGAAGUGCCAGAUGGAUGCCAGCAUAUUGAGGCCUCCUCGGCCCUUCCGGGGUGGGCCGCCCUGGCCCUCCUUGGCCUUCUGAGGCCCCCGUGGCCCUUGUUGGCCUUCUGAGGCCAAGAAGGCAGGGUGUAGGGGGCAAGAAGGCAGGUUGUAGAGGGCCCUGCUCGGCCUUCUGAGGCAGCCGUGGCCCUUCUUGGCCUUCUGAGGCCAAGAAGGCAGGGUGUAGGGGGCCCUGUUUGGCCUUCUGAGGCCGCCGUGGCCCUUUUUGGUCUUCUGAGGCCAAGAAGGGUGCAGGGGUCCGACCAAUCGGCCAAACGGAUAUAUCUUUUCAAACGUAUAUUUUUUUCAAACGAAUACUUUUGCGAUAUUUUCGCCAAUUCCUUGCCUUUUUAUGCUUUUGGUUUCUCUUUUUCUCUUUUUCUUUGGAAGUGCGGAGCCCGCGCGUUUUUGGCUCAAGUCAUUUUGGCUCAAGUCUGCGGAUCCCGCAAACUCGCAGGCGCCUUGUUUUUUCCGCCUAGCCAGCGGGGUUGUCAGGGUGGGGGGGCGGACGCGACAGCGCCGUGGAGGUGUCGCACUUGUUCAUCAGCACCACUGCGGAGUUUUUGGCGCGGCCGUGCGGUGGUUCCGGCGAAGUGAUUGCUCUACCCGGAAGGAAGAAAGAAAAGUAGUUCUAAAAAUUUAGCUUAUGCGAUCAACAGGCUCGAGAACUUGUCUCCGGAAGUCAAAUUCAGCACGCCUUCCAUUAAGUCCCCUAGAGUCUGGUCUGCUAAUCCAGGCGGUAGCAUUCAUCUCGUGCUUGGCUUCUAAACAGGUUUUCUUGCCUAUUGACGGUAGUCCGUCUAAUAGAUAGUCCCCAGUUCUAGGUGGCGCCGCUUGUGGCUGUCACGAGGUGAUUCGCACCUCCCCGGAGUGAGAGAAGGUUCGUUGCCGGGCUUCAGUACCUUUCGUCUGGCCUGGGCUCCUGGUGCUGCGUUCACCGUUAGGAGUAUAAGAAUUAAGAACAUAAGCCUAGCUGCACUGGCAGCCGACCUUACGCGCACCAUCAGAAGUGCGGAACUGGCCGGCCUUUGUGGUGUCUCACCAUCAGAAGUGCGAACUACGAGGGCCGGGGCGUGCCGCCUAAAGUCCUAAAAAGUCCCAUCGCGCGAUAGAUAGAUAGAUCUUUUCUUUCUUUUUUCUUUUCUCUUCUUUUCCUUUGUAUUUCUCCUUGUCUUUGUCAUCUUCUCAUCCUCUUCUAUUCAAAUGAAUAUUUUCAAUCAAACGAAUAUUUUUCGUGUUCUUUCUCUCCGAGCUCAUAGUGUGGACAGAUAUUGAAACAAAGCUCGUCAGCAGUAGCGUACCCUGUGAGAGAACGACAACAUGUGUCCUUGUUUAUGAAAGAGCCCCAGCUAGGGGCCUGUGCUCAAACAAUAGAGAGCAACUUUUCCUCACCUACCUACGCGCGCCAAGAAGACAAAAAUAUCACCAAGAUGCCGCGUGCGAAGCGUUGGGUCGUGAAGAAAAAAGACAGCGAGGGAAAUACCGUUGACACCGAGUCUCGUUUGCAAAAUGAGGAGCUCCAGCACGUGCAAAACGCGAAGCACUUGUCGGAGCCGGACGCCACGGAGGAAACGGGUGCCAACAGUAGCGCAUGGAACAGCAGCACCUCUCUCGCGGGACGAGCAUCGGCAACCCCUGCGGCAGACAACAAAGACACUGCGCAGAGGUCCCGGCUUAUUUCUUCCUCGACCGCGCAGCAAGAACACGCACCAACCCAGAAAACACCUCCAAGUACUAGCGUCUUCGUGCCGCCUCCAAGAUCCCAGUACUGCGGCCGACCGCCGGAGGCACCCAAUUUCUUCGAUUGCGUGGAAGAGGAGACCAUCAGAAACGAGACGGGCAACGAACAGUACACGAUCGUACGGAAGGUUGGCCGCGGCAGUUUCGGCGUCGUGGCACUUUGUAGUUCCGUAAGAACUACGUCUACGUUUCCCCACAUCGCUGCGUCUUCAGCUCAACAGGCUGGAGGUGGCACGUCCACAAAAAUAGACCCAAAUGGCGGAGGCGGAGUGCAGUCGCUUUAUGCCGUGAAAAUUCUCCGGCCGCUGCAGAAAUACAACCAGUAUGUGAACGAUGCGGAAGUGGAAAUCGCGAACCUGCGGUUAUUUUCAACCAAACUCCACCCCGCCGACGAUACAGUUAAUCAUGAAGAGCGACAACACUACGUGGUCACGCUGUUCUCUGAUUUCACCUUCCAACACGGGUGCACCACAAACGGCAAAUUGUACCACGCGCUGGUCUGCGAGGCGCUGGACUGCACGCUGCACGAAUUUGUGGUUGAGAAAAAUGGCGGAUUUGGGCUCUGGCUGGAGGACAUCCGGGUUUACGCCAAGCAGCUGUUCCAGACCGCCGCGUUUCUGCAUGACAAACUGGGGGCCUGUCACACGGACUUCAAACACAAAAACAUCAUGUUGACGUUCCCACCUAGGGUUCUUGGCGGCGCAGGAGCAUCAUCUUCGGGCGCACCAACGGAGCGUUCCUGUUUUUCCGAAGACUCCUUGGACCACGACGCAAAUCUUUACCGUGUCGUGGACCUCACAGUAGCAGAUGAAAAGAAGAACAAAGGAUCCACUCCUGCUCUCGCGGCCAACCGUCAAGCCCUCGAUCUGCUUCCUGCCCACAUUCGGGAAAAGUACGAUAGAAAAGCGAUUCCUAGUCGCGGCGGGAAGGCUACGCCAGCAAAAAUUCUUCGCCCACGUACGCGGGAAAUCCGUGUGAUUGACUUCGGGAACAUGACCCUGCGCCGAGAUUUUGGGAAGGUGAAGCCGGUGAACACGAGACAGUUUCGGGCUCCGGAGAUUCUGCUUAUGAAGGAGAAUUGGUGUGAGGCACUUGUGCUGUAGUUUCGCAUGCCGCAUCGACUUGCACUUAGUGAGGCAAUGCAGUGUUUUGCAUGUUAUGCGUUUUCUUCUUGCGCCGGAUAAAGCUUAAAGAUAAAGAACUUGAUGUAUCAUUUUACGAAAGACAAAGAGCUCGAUGCUGCGCGUGCUUGCAGUAAAGGUUUUAAUAAACGGUCUCUACUUUGUUCCUGUUGUUACAGCACCCCUAUCUCUCGUUCCAUAGGACUCGAUUGCCAGCCUUGGGAUGAGAAGUCGGACAUCUGGUGCCUCGGCUGCGUGCUGCUGUUCCUGUACUUUGGGGAGCUGUGCUUCGACUCCCAUGACGACCUUGAGCAGCUCCACAUGAUGCAGCGUCUCUUCGGUGACGAGCGAACCGGCGCAGGAAGCCGAAAUGGAAAAACUACCGGCGCCGGCAACACUUUCGAGUUUGCACUCUGCUCUAGCGGUGGUGCGAAUACUCCUAGUAGCAGCAACGCCACGUCAGCGAAAAAGGCCAAGCGACUGCUGGCUGCCAGCAGUUCUUUACCAGAUACAGCAACCACUCCGGCUGUUCGCGUCCGGCCACUAAAGUGGGAGCUCGAGCACUGGAAGCUCCGGUCUGCGGAAGAGAUUUUUGACAGCGAAUUUCGUGAUUUUCUACAGUUCUUGAUGGUCUUUGACCCCGCGAAGAGACCGUCUGCUGCCGAAGUACUGCGGCAUCCGUGGUUGGCGGAGACUAAAAGUGGCACGUAGCGGGCGCAAGGCAGGACAUGGGUGAUAAGAAUAGUACUACGAUGCACCGGACUACUAGGAACAAAACUACGGAGCAGUUUUGGGGAACGGUUUUUGCAAUCACGGAGGAAUUGCAACAAAUACUUGUUUUUACUUGGACCAUUUUCCCGGAACUGUUUGUCUGGUACUGAUUUCCUAGAAUGCUUGACGCUCUCCCGCCACGUGGCACUUUCGAAUGGUGAUGUGGGCUAGAUGGAUUUGGUGCUCUAGCUGCGCCAAAAGAAUAAAGCUGAAACAGAAAGAACUAGUCGUUUUGAUGCGGGUAUGACCACGAUGAGUCUACUGUAU